AUGAAGCAUCUAAGGUUUGAGGAAUUCACAUCUUUUGAGACCUACAUCUUUGAUUGCGAUGGUGUCAUUUGGGGUAUUUGCGAGGAAGACACAAAGACCUCUGUGGCCACCGUGAAUUAUUUGCUCCGCCUCAACAAGAGAGUGAUGUUUGUUACAAACAACUCCAACAAGACCAGAGCGCAGUUUGUGCAACAGUUGGAAAGCAAAGGCGUGAACUUCGGGAACAGAAGUCAGGAGCAGAAGCUGAGCAUGAUGAUCAGUGCCUCUUACACCACGGCAGCUUUCCUUCAAGAUUCGGGACUCCAUCGACCCUUCAUCAUCACCUCUGACACCGGAGUGCUGGAAGAAUGUCGAAUGCUUGGCAUUACCGAUUACUUUGCGACAAUCACUGAUGACGGUAAGCCAGCACCUCUCUUCCAAAAGCUGGACAUGGGCUCUGCAGCAGAUGUCAUCAAGCAAAAUCCCAACGUGGACUCCAUUGUGGUGGGCUGGGACAUGCAGCUCACCGCACUGAAAGUCGGCACAGCUGUGAACUACAUCAAAUGGCAUGAAGAUUUGCACGCGAGCGAGCCAGGAUACAAGGAGAUGCCCUUGAUCGCUUGCUCCGGUGACACCGGUGGCGUGCUUGGGAAGACCACACACCUUGGCAAAGAGUUGAAGCUCCGUGCGAUUGGCAAUGGUGCGAUGGCGGACAUCAUCGCUCGCAGCUUUGACCCUCCGAAGGUCUGGGUGGACAUGGGGAAGCCCUCAGAUGCCUUGCUUUUGCUCCUGCGAAGCCCUCACGCCUACAACGUGGAUCUGAACAAGGCAUUGAUGGUAGGCGACACUUUGCAGACUGACAUCGUCUUUGGAAACAGAGGAGGGAUGAAAACCCUUUUGGUGCUCACGGGCGUGACGAGCCAACUGGAGCUUGAUGAAGAGCUGCGAGCCAAUGGCCCCGGUCUGCGGAGGCCCAGCUAUGUGUUGCCCAAGCUUGGCAGCUUUGUGGACUCUGGUCACAUUGCCAGGGGCGACAAGGUGUAA